UCCCUCUCAGCAACUCGCAGCAACACAGCGCACUCUGGAGCUACUUGAAACAGCUGGACCGAAGGACACGGCUGAAUUUCUUAGGAGGAAGACCUGACAAAAUGCUUCAUCAAUAACACCCGUGUUGGAGUAACCACGUAUUUUGCUUUGCUACUUCUUCAUUCCCUCCAUCCGAAAGGAAAGGAUGGAAAGGCAGGCUCUCAACCAAGGUGAAGGCAGAGCAGUGGAAGGUGCUGGGCCCACAGCAGCCCUGUUCCUAAGGCAAACCCAGACAAACCUCAGCGAGCUUCACAGAACUCCAACUCCUCGUACCAGCUGUGAAACAUCCCCUCAGCCCGCUUCUGACUGCACCCCUGAGGCACCCGGGACAGGCCACAGCUGGGGAAGCAAGGGCUGCUCGUUCCCUGGGCCUCACGGAGGGAAGCAGACCCGGCGGGGCAAAUCACAGAAACCGCACGGUGUGGCUGCCGGCGUCUCGGUGGAUGAGGAGAAGCAGCUCUCCAAGCAGCCCGGAGAAUGCGGAUGCAUUGUUGAAACAUUAAUGUGCUCUGGCUGCUCAAAGAUUCUUGGCCAUAUCUACAGGUGCACCCCAAAGCAUCUUGACUACAAGAGAGAUUUAUUCUCUCUGGAUAUUGACUCAAUUGAAAGUUACAUUCUAGGAUCCUCAGAAAAGAAAGCUCUUGCUGGUCAGGAACCUCUAACUCUUGAAAGUCGAGCUGUCUUGGAAGAGGUGCUACAAAGGGCAGACACUGUAUUACAGGCUCUGGAAACAAAAUUGACUGCUAUUGAAUCAAGUAUGGUUUCUCUUUGUAAUAAAGUUGGAAAGAAGUUGCAUCCUGGAGGUUUAACUGCAGGAAAAUGAUGUACGUGGAACUUGUCCCUGUCAUGCUUUGGAAUCUGUAGGAACACUGCAAAAGCUGUGCAAAGAACUGAAAGUCAGUGGUGGCUCAUUCUGUGGUAGAACAACACAGAGUCCUCUUCACCACAGACAAGAAGUUCCUCUCUUUACUGUUAAAAGGUUACUCCAUAAAGAAAUCAAAUUUAUUUUUUUAUCAGUUUUCUGUAGACCCCCUGACCUAUGUAAGUAUAUUUGUUUAAAUUUUCAUCUCUGAAAGCAAGGAUUGAAUAGCAGAGAGAUCAGGAGAGAAAUACGUUCUGAACUGGGUGGACUUCUUCCUAUGCCAGUACAAAAAAAGUAAUCCCUGUGAUGGCUGGCAGAACAAUAUACAAUAUUUUUCUUGUUUUCACUGCUUUUGCUUGAUGUGUGCUUAGAGAUGGGUGUGACACAAUAACUGUAUGGGGUGGU